CCACACACACACGGGGACACGAGUGGAUGGCCCACGCACAGAGGUUAGGGGCUGCAGCAUGCAUGCACGCACAGAGUCAGACACCACGCUAUUGCCACUAAUGUGUGUGCUAUAGAGGUAUCUGUGCAGCCGCAGCCCGUGCCCCUGUCCUGGGCAGGCACACAGAGCGGGAGCACAGGGCUGGGGACCGGGGUUGUAGUUGCCGACAGCAGCCAACAGGUUGCAGCGUUCCCCGCCCGCCCGGCCGCGGCAGCCUCCCUCCCCUGCCCGCACGCACAGAGCCCCCUCCGCCGGCAGCAGCCAGCUCUCUCCUCCCUGCAUGUCCGGGAUAGGCGGCUCCCAACCCCGUGGGCGCCUCUGCUGUGUGCACCGCGCACAGGGGCCGCUGUCAGCUCUACACGCCGAGGGGGCAUCCAGCCAGAGGAACCCAGGAGCCAUGCCCGGAGCCUGAGAGCCGAGAGGUGCAUCAGUACCCAAUGGAUCCCAAAGACCUAUUAAAGCCACCCAAUGGAUCUCAGGCAGUGAAGAGUGCACAUUACAGGGACAAGACAGGGAAUGUAAUUGAUUUAUUUACAAGCUACAGAGGUGGAGCCUGUGUGAACAUUUCUACAUCUUGUCCAACCCCACCUGCUUCACUGCCAGACACACGGCAGCCACAGCAGCAGCAGCAGGCUGUACCUGCGGAUCCAGCUAAUGGUUUGAGUAAUGUACCUCAGCCAGAUCUCUCCAAGGCAGUCUCCCUGUCAAUGGGACUCUACAUGGGGGAGCCAGAUACAAAAGUGAUGGGCAACGAACUUGGUUACACUCAGCAGGCGCAGCUUGGAGUUCCAGCAGGAGAAACAGAUUUCAGGCUCCUGGAAGAGAGCAUUGCCAGCCUUCAGGCAAAGUCCUCUCUCCCAGAAAAGGUGCAGGAAGGCCUUGAAGACAAAGGAGGUAUGAAAUGUGACCUGUCCACCCAGCCAAGUUCUUCAGUGCAAGGGCAGGUGGGCAGCAUUGGAAGCAGCACUACCAAGUUGUUGUCCAGAGACCAAAGCCCCUUUGACCUUUUACAGGAUCUGGAUCUGCCCCCAGAGUCACCCAGGGAUAUUAAGGGCAGUCCAUGGGCACUGGACCCUCUCUUUGAUGAUGAGGCUGUUGACUUGCUAUCUCCUUUGACCACUGAUGACCCUUUUGUUAUGAGAUCUGGUGCAGUAAAUGAGGACUGCAAACCUCUCAUUUUCCAGGAUUGCACACCCAAAGCAGGUGAAUGUGUGGGGGAUGUCCUGCUGCCCAGCACCGAAAUACCAAUGUCUCAAGUGAAGACUGAAAAAGAGGACUUUAUAGAGUUAUGUACCCCAGGAGUGGUAAAGCAGGAAAAAUUUAGUCCCGUUUAUUGUGGUGGCCAUUUUUCCGGAUCUAGCCUUUAUGGAAACAAAGCAUCAGCCAUCUCUGUGCAUGGCGUCAGCACUUCAGGGGGUCAGAUGUACCACUAUGACUUGAACACUUCCCCCCUCUCUCGGCAUCAGCCAGAUCAGAAGCCUAUUUUUGCGUUGGGCACGCCUCUGUCUGUCAUUUCAGAAUCAUGGAAUAGGAUCCACGGGACUGGGGAUGAGAGCCUUACUUCGCCAGGGAAUGGAAACUAUUCGGGAAGGCCCAUUUUUUCAAAUGGUUUUUCAAGCCCUGGAAUGAGACCUGAUGUGAGCCCUUCUCCGUCCAGUUCCUCUACCAGCACCGGACCACCUCCAAAACUGUGCUUGGUGUGUUCAGAUGAGGCCUCUGGGUGUCACUAUGGAGUACUGACCUGUGGAAGCUGCAAAGUGUUCUUUAAGAGAGCAGUAGAAGGUCAGCACAACUACCUUUGCGCUGGGAGGAAUGAUUGUAUUAUUGACAAGAUUAGAAGAAAGAACUGCCCAGCCUGCCGCUACCGGAAAUGUCUCCAAGCUGGAAUGAAUCUAGAAGCACGCAAAACAAAGAAGAAGAUAAAGGGAAUCCAACAAUCUAACACAACAGCAGUACGUGAACUUCCAGAAAGUUCAAUGAAUAAGACUAUUGUUCCGGCAUCAGUAGCACAACUCACACCCACCUUGAUCUCCUUAUUGGAGGCUAUUGAACCCGAUGUUUUGUAUUCGGGUUAUGACAGCUCGUUGCCAGAAACUGCCUGGCGACUCAUGUCCUCUCUGAAUAUGCUAGGUGGACGCCAAGUGGUAUCUGUUGUGAAAUGGGCAAAGGCAAUACCAGGUUUCAGAAAUCUGCACCUGGAUGACCAAAUGACCCUUCUCCAGUACUCCUGGAUGUUUCUGAUGGUGUUUGCCCUCGGAUGGAGGUCUUACAAACAAUCCAAUGGGAGUGUGCUGUUUUUCGCUCCAGAUCUUGUCAUUGACGAGGAGAGGAUGCACCUCCCAUACAUGCAAGAGCGAUUUCAAGACAUGUUCAAAAUUGUCAAGGAAAUGACUCGCCUCCAGAUUUCAUAUGAUGAGUAUCUCUGCAUGAAGACCUUAUUGCUCUUGUGUACAAUUCCCAAGGACGGUCUUAAAAGCAACGUGCUGUUUGAGGAAAUUCGUAUGACAUAUAUUAAGGAACUUGGAAAAGCCAUAGUAAAGCGGGAGGGAAAUUCCAGUCAAAACUGGCAACGAUUUUACCAACUGACAAAGCUAAUGGAUACAAUGCAUGAGGUAGUUGAAAAUCUGCUAGCCUUUUGCUUCUACUCCUUCACCGACAAAUCGUUGAGUGUUGAAUUUCCGGAGAUGUUGUCAGAAAUUAUCAGCAAUCAGAUACCAAAAUAUUCAGCUGGAAAUAUCAGAAAACUUUUAUUUCAUCAGAAAUGACUGCCUUACUAAAAUUAUAUACAUACUUACACACACAAAAAGUUGCCUUAAGGAAAAAACAAGUCAAAUUAUAGCUUUUACUGUAUUAAAAAGAAAUCAGACGUGGUAAAUGUCCUUGCAACGGUGUACCUAUCGUAAUUAUGCACUACAGUUCAUGUGGUUUACAGAGGGCCAAGAUUUGGACUAUGGAAAAUUCCUCAGUUCACUCAGUGAAAUGAGAAGCAUAACAGAUAAUUAAACCAGAGUCUGCAUUGUGAACAUUCUGGUAUUAAUUUUCACAUUGGAUGGAUAUGUUUGCUAGAAUUUUUUCUAUUUUGUUUUAUUUCCUGUCAGGUGUUUUAGCUUCUUUUUGUUUCUCUCCCAUGGGGGAAAAAAAAUGAAAAUAAGAGUUUGAUUUAUGCAUGUAACCUGCUGAAAGUUUACAAGUGUAUAUCAGAAAAGGGAAGUUGUGCCUUUUUAUGCUAUUGUUUGGAUCUAGCAAUUUUUCUCCAUUUUCACAAAAUGAAUUGACUCUCCGUUGUUUUUCUUUCUUACAUUAUAUAUUUUUUCCUAUUCUUGCAAGACUCCUGUUGUACAGAUUUGGAUUUUUCUUUGUUUCCUUUUUUAAGACUGGGGCAGCUCACAGCUUUCCUAACACAAGUCAAACUAAAUAUUCUCUCAAUGUCUGUUGUUCAUUACUACUCUAAUCAUGUCUGGCUACUUGGCACUUUCAGCUACUUACCCAAACAGAUUGCAAAGUUAUAUGGCCAAAACAUUUACCUUGUAUCGGUAAUUUACUGGAUCAGGUACCAAUCUUUGG